AUGCCGGAACGCGCGCCGCCGGGACAACUGCCUCGUGCCGUGGAAAUCAUCCUGGGCGAAGAUCUGGUUGACAAGGCCAAGCCCGGUGACCGCGUGCGUAUUGUAGGCAUUUAUAAAGGCCUUGCUACCAGUGCUGCUGGAAGUGCACCUGCCUUUUUUCGUGGAAUUUUGGUGGCAAAUGCGGUGCGUCAGUUGGGCCGAGAAGCAAACAUGCCUGUGCUUACAGACCUGGAUAUCCAGCAAAUCAAGGCCGUGUCACAGCGUCCAGAUCUCUUCACGCUAUUGGCCCGGUCUCUAGCCCCCUCAAUAUGGGGACAUGCUGCCAUCAAAAAGGCAAUUCUUUUAAUGUUGCUCGGUGGCGUGGAGAAGAUUGUUGACCAGACACACAUUCGCGGAGAUAUCAACUUGUUGAUGGUGGGCGACCCCUCAACGGCAAAAUCGCAGCUGUUGCGCUUCGUGCUGGCCAUUGCGCCAUUGGCGGUGGCGACUACAGGUCGCGGUUCCACAGGUGUAGGGCUGACCGCUGCUGUGGCUGUCGAUCGGGAAACAGGCGAGCGGAGGCUGGAGGCUGGAGCCAUGGUUCUGGCAGACCGCGGUGUCGUCUGCAUCGACGAGUUUGACAAGAUGAGCGAGGGCGAUCGUGUGGCUAUUCACGAAGUUAUGGAGCAACAAACGGUAACAAUUGCCAAGGCAGGGAUCCAUCUCUCACUCAAUGCGCGGUGCAGUGUAAUUGCUGCGGCAAAUCCAAUAUUUUCACAAUACCGUGAACACGCAAGCCCGCGGGAAAAUAUCCGGCUGCCGGAUUCCCUGUUGUCACGCUUUGAUCUGCUCUUCAUUGUGCUUGACCGGAUGAAUGAGAAGACGGAUCGGAUGCUUGCGGAACAUGUCCUCGCAAUGCACUCGCGUGUGGACACCACCAAUUCCGAAGAUGCUGCUGGGAAUUCUGUUGACGAUGCCGUUUUUGCCACUCAUCGCUAUGCCGCCACAAGCUAUGACCAUGAUGUUGCCAAUGCGGACAUGGAUACCGGCAAUGAUGAUGCAGCUGCCAGCGGCGACUCUGACCUGUUGACGCUCUCGUUCAUACGCAAGUACAUCCACUAUGCCAAGGUCCGUAUGCGGCCGGUGCUAAGCUCAGGCGCCAUGGAGGCCAUCAAAGCGAUGUAUCUUGCGUUUCGCGCCAAAAGUGAACAAUCUGGCCGCGAUCAGGCUAGGACAAUGCCGGUAACGCCGAGAACGCUAGAGACGCUCAUUAGGCUUUCCACGGCACAUGCUAAGGCACGGCUUAGCAGCAUAGUCGAGGAGGUCGAUACGUUGGUGGCCGAAGAACUUGUGCGCUUUUCCCUCUACAAAGAGGUCAUACCCAAAUGCGCUCGUCGGCCAAAGAAAACCAAACCAAUCUCGCAGGCAGGCCCCGAAGAUGAAGAUCAAGAAGCCCAAGGAGAGUCUAAUCACAGCCACACAGACAACAACAGUGAAAUCAAACAGCACAGUGAUGGCGAUGACGGGGAUACAUUUGGGUUUACCGAGGAGCCCCCCUCAAGUGUGGCGAUGUCUUUGGCGCAAGCGUCGGAGGAUGGACCAUCUACAAACAUCCAGCCAACUGAUGCGCAAAUAUUGACCAUCAAGAGCGCGUUGCUACGUGUGCGCGCUCAAAACGACUCGUUUGUAAUGCUCGACGCCCUUAUUGAGGAGCUCCAUUCAGACGGGGUGGAACUGCCUCCCGGAACGGUCUCCGUUGUCCUCCAGCAGAUGGAAACAGCCAAUCAGCUCAUGUUCCGAGAUGGAAUCAUUUUUUUCAUAUAA